AUGAGCAUCCCAAAGGAAACCAUAUCAAGAAUCUUACUUAAUAAACUGAAUGAAAAUGGUGAGAAUUUCAGCAUAAAUACAGAAACUGUCGAAUCAGUGACGAAAUAUACAGAUGUUUUAAUAGAAGAAAUGGUCUUACGAUCGUUGGAAAAUAAAGAAAACAUUGCAGAAGCAACCCCAACACUCGAUGUGGACGAUUUGGAAAAGAUAAUUGGGCUUCUACUACUGGAUAUGUAA